ACGGCAGAAAUCAGUGGCGCGUUGGAGACGAGAGUGUGUGUUUCUGAUUGAACUUUUGGGAAAUGGAUGAUUUCUUAAAAAUGACUUGGAAAAUCUUCUUUUUUGUCCUGUUGGCUGUUUAUGAGUCUGUGUCUGAGAGAUUCACCGUGUACUGGAAUCGGAGCAACCCAUUGCUGCUGACAGAGGACUUCAGGCUGGAGGUGAAGCUGAACGACUACCUGGACAUCCUGUGCCCGCACUACGAGGGUCCUCGGGUGCCCUCGAUCCUGGAGGAGUACACCCUGUACCUGGUGGAGGAGGAAGACUUUCAGCACUGCCGGGUGGGAUCCAGCGACCAGGUGCGCUGGGAGUGCCGGAGACCCCUCGCCCCGCACGGCCCGGAGAGGUUCUCGGAGAAAUUCCAACGCUACACGUCGUUCAGUCUGGGCAAGGAGUUCCAGGAGGGCCGACACUACUAUUACAUCUCAAAAGCUGUUCACCGGCACCGGCAGCUCUGCCUGAGACUCCGAGUCCUCGUUCUCAGCAGUAAAGCACAAGAAAACCACGUUGAAGUUAACACAUCCAAAACCCAGCUGUCAGCAGACCAGCCACCGGAAGAGAUGCCAGACACCCAGAGAAGUACGGGGGAGUCGGCUGCCCUGCAGGGCUCUCUGCCCCUUGCUCUCCUGCUCCUGCUGCUGCCCCCGGCCCUGCUACUGUAGGGCUGCCACCCUUGGCUUGCGGACUCUCACGAUGGGUGGGGAGGCUGGGCUUGCUUUCCCGUCGCUCGGGGUGGGGGGGGGCGACCGUGACUGCGGACCCCCGAGUAACCAGCUGGUGGUGUCCCAUCAAGUCAGCCGAGGACAAUGGACGGCUUUUAAAAUGGCCACCGUGUGAAAUCAAAAUGGCAGCUGUGGGAAAUCAAAUGGCCACCAGCCCGGGAACCAGCGUGGAUGCCUUUCUACGGCGGAUUACCAGCAGGGUGGCGUUGGAGGCCUAUCGAACAUUGGAGGUGGAUUUUGUGCUUCAAACCUAUGGCAGGAGGCUCGCAGUGGCUUGUCGCUGGCGAUGAAGUGGA